ACAUUGAGGAAGGCUUGUAGUCGGUCUGUAAACGCUCCACCAAUGACCAGCUAAAACGCCCCACUGCACCUACUCUCAUCUGCAGGGGAGGGGAUCCCGAACUUUGGAUUUUGAGUUUUAAACCAUGGGAUUCGAGCUGGACCGCUUCAAGGGGACAGUGGACCCGGAUUUCAAAUGCAACUUGUGUAAUAAAGUCCUGGAGGACCCACUGACGACUCCGUGCGGUCACGUCUUCUGCGCCGGCUGCGUGCUGCCCUGGGUCGUCCAGCAGAGCAGCUGCCCCGUCAAAUGUCAGCGGAUCUCCACCAAAGAGCUGAACCACGUCCUGCCUCUGAAAAACCUGAUCCUGAAGCUGGAGAUCAAGUGUGACAACCAUGCGAGAGGCUGCGAGAAAGUGGUAAAGCUGCAGCAUCUGGCCGAGCACGCCGAGAUGUGUGAUUACUCCCCGGCUAAAUGCAGGAAUAAAGGGUGCAACGAGGUGCUCAACCUGAAGGACAUGGAUGCUCAUAUGCGUGAAACGUGCGAUUACCGACCGGUGGGGAUUUGCGAGAACGGAUGCGGAUUGAUGCUCACCUACAAGGAGCAGAAACUCAGCGGCCACUGCUGCCUGAGAGCCCUGAAGGCGCACAACAGCGCGCUGCACGGCAAAGUUAUCAACCUGGAUAAAGAGUUUAAGAAACAGUCUCUGAGAGCCAACAAGCGGGAGAAAGCUCUCCUGACGCAGCUCUCCGCCGUGCACAGCGAGCUGCAGAUGACAGCGCUCAAGUAUCAGAAGAAAUUCACUGAAUACAGCGCAAGGAUCGACUCCCUCACCAAGUCCCUGGUUUUUACAUGCAAGGAAAGCGAGAGUAAAAGCGUGACAGUAGUCCUUCUUCGGGAAGGCGGAUCUCUGGGAUUUAACAUCGUAGGAGGAAGACCAUGUGGGGAUGACAACGACGCCACCUCAAAUGAAGGGAUCUUUGUAUCCAAGAUUGUUGAGAAAGGGCCAGCAGAUAAAGAUGGAGGCCUUCAAAUCCACGACAGAAUUAUAGAGGUCAAUGGGAAGGAUCUGUCUAAGGCCACCCAUGACCAGGCAGUGGAGGCCUUCCGCACAGCCAAGGAGCCCAUCAUGGUCCAGGUCCUGCGGCGCACCCCACUCCCCAAACCAGUCAGCCCAGUUGCUGACACCCAGGUCUCGGACAUGAGCACCCAGACCGAUAUCACCUUCCAGCACAUCAUGGCCCUCACCAAGCUGCCUGCCUCUGCACCCACCAUGGCAGAGCUGGAGCAGUACCUGCUUCCAGAGGAGCACCCUCCAGAACAUGCAUAUUUCGACCCCAAUGAUUUCCUGGAGGGCAUACAGCAGGACAUAGAGCGGGAGGAGCUGGAAUAUGAGGAAGUGGAUUUGUACAGAGCUAACAUCCAAGACAAGCUCGGCCUGACGGUCUGUUACAGGACCGAUGAUGAGGAUGAGACUGGGAUCUACGUGAGUGAGAUUGAUCCGAACAGCAUUGCGGCAAAGGACGGCAGAAUUAGAGAAGGGGACAAAAUCAUCCAGAUCAAUGGUGUCGAGAUCCAGAACCGGGAGGAUGCUGUUGCACUGCUGACCAGUGAGGGGAACCAGAAUAUUUCUCUAUUGGUGGCCAGACCGGAGAUCCAGCUGGACGAGGGCUGGAUGGAUGAUGACAGGAACGACUUCCUGGAUGACCUCCACAUGGACAUGCUGGAGCAGCAGCACCACCAGGCCAUGCAGUUCACUGCCAGCAUGCUGCAGCAGAAGAAACAUGAGGAGGAUGGCGGCACCACAGACACAGCCACACUUUUAUCCAACCAUCAUGAAAAGGACAGUGGGGUGGGGCGCACUGAUGAGAGUACGCGAAAUGACGAGAGUUCAGAGCAGGAGAAUCUCGGUGAUGAUCAGACCACAGCCUCCAACACACUGGGCAGCUGCAGAAAGCUGACCUACAGCCAGGACACCCUGGGCAGCGCUGACCUGCCCUUCAGCAGCGAGUCAUUCAUCUCUGCCGACUACACAGACACAGACUUCCUUGGCAUCCCAGCUGACGAGUGUGAGCGCUUCCGAGAACUUCUGGAACUGAAGUGCCAAGUGAGGAACCCUGGAGGUCAGGGUCUGUACUGCCAAGGCGGCGGGGCUGGAGGCCAAGACCAGGACUGCGUGGACAAAGAACUUGAGCUACUCAAUGAGGAACUGCGCACCAUUGAGCUGGAGUGCCUGAAUAUCGUCCGUGCCCACAAGAUGCAGCAGCUGAGGGAGCAGUACCGUGAGUCCUGGAUGCUCCACAACAGUGGCUUCCGCAACUACAAUACUAGCAUUGAUGCGCGCCGCCAUGAGCUUUCCGACAUCACUGAGCUACCAGAGAAAUCAGACAAGGACAGCUCCAGCGCCUACAACACAGGCGAGAGCUGCCGCAGCACCCCUCUAACCUUGGAGCUAUCUCCAGACAAUUCCCUUCGCCGGGGAGCAGAAAACCAGGGUCCAGCUGGGGCCUCAGGCUCCACUGGCGCCAACAGCAGGAUGCUCAAACCCCUCCUGUCCCCUGUGCAGGAGGCUGGCAGCCCCAGCCGAAGUAGGCCCUCUUCCAAGGAUACAGAUGGAGCCCUGCAGGCAGAGGGCAAGGAAAGGAAACUGGGAGAGUCCAGUAAGUCGGGACGGAGCUCAAUGCUUUCCCAGCCACAUUCACCUUACAAGCAUGCCCAUAUCCCAGCCCAUGCACAGCACUACCAGAGCUACAUGCAGCUUAUCCAGCAGAAGUCAGCCGUAGAGUAUGCCCAGAGCCAGAUGAGCCUGGUCAGCAUGUGCCGGGACCCGGUCACUCCCAGCGACCUCGAGCCUAAGAUGGAGUGGAAGGUGAAGAUCCGCAGUGACGGCACACGCUACAUAACCAAGCGGCCUGUGCGGGACAAGCUGCUUAGGGAGCGCGCCCUUCGCAUCCGUGAGGAGCGUAGCGGCAUGACCACGGAUGAUGAUGCCAUCAGCGAGCUGAAGAUGGGCCGCUACUGGAGCAAGGAAGAGAGGAAGCAGCAUGCCGUUCGCGCCAAGGAGCAGAGGCAGCGUCGCGAGUUCAUGAAACAGAGCCGAGCUGACUGUUUGAAGGAACAAGCCAACCAGGAGGACAAAAAAGAGCCUAACAUCAUCGAACUGAGCCACAAAAAGAUGAUGAAAAAGAGGAACAAGAAAAUCUUUGACAACUGGAUGACCAUUCAGGAACUGUUGACCCAUGGUACCAAGUCACCAGAUGGCACAAGGGUGUACAACUCCCUCCUGUCUGUGACCACGGUCUAGGUCCAACUUUUGGUUCAGAUCCAGGCCUGGAGCAACUGGGGCGUAAUGCACUGUACAUAGGACACUACCAAUUGGGGUAGAAAUUCCUGCCUCGUUCAAUGUGGCAAAUUUUUGUAAAUAGGAAACAAGAGAAGCCUUUUCUGAAGGAACAUGUGCCCCACAGUGGUCAAGAGAAGGUCCAUUAAGUGUUCUGAGGUUGGACUUCUGAACAUGAAUCGGACAUGGCUAUGAGGAUGAUUUUGAAAAUGUUUUCCAAAUGUUUUCAUUAACCUUUUCUACCUUUGUGCUUGCUCUUUUGAAUAACAUUGGAAAAAUAUUUGAGUUUUGGAAGGUUUUGGAAAGUGUGUAAAGACCGUGUGCCAUAAGUAAACAUCCAACAUUUACACUUUUGUUCUAUUUUGUUUUUAACAAAUACCUUUUAUCAGUAUUUUACUGUUAUGCAUAUCGUAUGCUUAUUGAAAGAAACAGUGCUAUCUCCCUGCAAGGUCAAACACGUAAUUCUUUUCAAGAGGACUUUUGUAAAUUAAAAAAAAAAACUUUUUUUUUUUUUUAACAAGUCCACCUCUUUAGUUGGAAAAAUCUCUCCAAUGGUGCUGUUUUUCUAAAGUUAAUACCACCAGCAAUGUACCAACUGUUACAUACUGUAGACUACCAUCAUAACGUGAUAUCAUUUUGUAUGUAUUGCGAGAGGAAGACACUCCUCACAUGUUUAAAUUGUGUUUAUUGUUGAAGCACAUUAUAGUCGCUUUUGCUUUCUUAGGACUCCAUGUAUCAAACAAAAGUAACACAGCUUAACAAAUCCUUAGUUAGCCACACAAUUUGAUGUCUUGUAAAAUGAGAGAAAUAAUAAAUUAUUGUUUUAUAUAUGAUGAGCUUUCA